UUACUGCCUACUACUUCACGGACAAAACCCAACUCAAACAAAGAAUGGGUUGAACAGCGAGAUUAGCUAACAACAUACAGACAAAAGCAGUCAUAAGAAGUCAAAAUAGACUGACGGACAUCGGGAAAAAAAUCACCAGGAACUCAUUCACUCCCGCAAGGCGCAACUACUCCAAUUCCCUGGCAUGCCGAAUUUAGCAACUGAGAAACAAAGCCUUGGAUCCCGUUCUUACAGAGAUGCCUAUUAUAGUGGACCAAAUUGUAUGAACGGAAACACGAACUCAUCAGGGGGAGAAAUCUCAUGACACUAAAUAUAGAACCGACGAAUUUGGCCGACAAAUAGAACUGUUGAAUAUAGCAAACUCAUAAGAGAUAAAAAUUACCUAAAACCAAAGACAUGCACCAGGUCCAAAUAUUCUAUGGUGUGUAGCCACACCUCUCAAACGCCUCCAUGAAUGCGGGCCACUCCAUCCGUGCCCCAACAAAACCCACUAGCUGAAAAAAUCAACACGUCAGCAUCUCUGUACAACAAAUCAUUUAGGGAAAAAGACAAAACAAAUCAAAUGGAGAUGGGGAGAGGAACAAGCACCUGAACCACAAUAUCCAAAAAAAUCUGGAUCAUAAUCCUUCUAUGUCCUCUGAAAGGCGUCAUUUGAUUGCUCCGAGUUGUGAUGCUUUCCUAAUAACAGACAAAAGAGCUCAGAGAAAUAAACUGGAAAUUGAAAAAGAAAGCAGGAAGAAAGUAAAAGAAAAACAAACAGAACAAAGAGAUCUCACCCUUCACCUUGCAGAGUCGCUAUAUAACUCAUUUCUUCUAGGCACAACGGUUCUGACUCUAAGAUACCAGAUCUACUUCCUCGAGGGCGCGUAUUAGAUUUGUCAACAACAAAAACAGAGAGCGGAUUAAAAACACACGAAAGACCGGCAAGUCCAUGACUGAUGUAAAGAGAGAGAGAGGGAGGGAGACCUGAGAUCGUAUGUGUGAGGCGGAGACCAACACCGGGCAACUACUGUGCUGCUAUCAUAGACUCUCGACUCGAGCGAGUGUCCUCCGGAGAAAGAGAUUGGGAAGGAAAAACAUAGAUGGGGCAUUUAGAGAGGGAGAGAGAGGACUGAGAGAAAGAGGGAGAGAUGUUCAAGAUCUCUUUCUCUGACCUCGGUGAGAGAGAAUACAGAAUAGAGUACUGCGCCGAUAGAUUAAAUGAGCAGCUCAAAAUUAAACCAUCAAAUGGGCUAGCUACGUGGUGCUUAACCCACCAAGAAAGAAAACAAAAUAUCUUUGACCUCUCUCUUUUCAUCAGUCCCCUCAUCUUCUCUCUUCUGCUUCCCUGCUAAAAAGCCUCAUAUUUUCUCUAUUCUCUCAUCAGUCCCUUCAGUUGCAUUUCCAGGCUUAGAAAGAACUUCAGUCUCCAUCAUCAUGGCGCAGGGUUGUAGAACUCGAGGCAGAAAAAGUCCGCCGUGCAAUCUACGCGCGCUAGGGCUACGUAGAGAGCUCCCAACCAGAAGGCAAACCAAAGUCAAAAUGGAACCAAACUGUUUAAAUCUUGUCCCGGCUGAAAGAGCCUUUACGUGUGGCCGCCCUCACUAGAGUUCCAUCCUAGUCGAAAUAGUGUUUAUGAGUCACGAUGUACAGUGAAGUGUCACUUGCUGCACAGGGAAUGGUUCUGCUCGGGGUUCUCUUUUUUCAAUGAUUGUUCAGAACACUCUCCUAAGCAUCACCGCAGCCGAGAGCAAGUGUUAUCCACUCGCCCGCUUUACACGGCUUCUAACUGUAGCUGAAGAUAACUUUAAUGACUUAUUGCAGGUUUCUCACGGAAAUAUGGAGGCAUAAUUUUCCAAGUUUCUACCUUAUAGAAAAGAAGCUCCAAGUUUCUCAUAUAUACAGGCAGAAAAUGAUAGAUUUUCGUGUUUGGUAUCCAUUAUCUUCCCAUUUUUGGAAGUCAAAUGCUCCUUUGCAUGUUCUGGUUGCCCUUAAACAGUCUUCUCUGUUACUUACUUGUGGCAAACUGUUCUUCUAAGGUCUAAAUCCAUGCUCAUAAAAUAAAAGAAGUCACCCAAAUAUAUAUUGUGCUUUAACUAGGUCUAAUUCCAUGCUCAUACUUGUGUCAAACCGUUCUUCUAAGGUCUGAUUCCAAUGGAUAGUGUGUUGGUGUUGUUGUACUUGUACAUUCAACGAAAGUAAUAGUAAUAGUAAUAGUAAUAGUAAUAGUAAUUAUUAUUAUUUUGUUACGCUGUGGAAUCAUUCCGGUGCUUAUUUGCUGGAGUUAUUCUAGGUGUAAACAAAUUCAUCAUGCAUCAAAAUCCAGUUCGUACAGGCUGAUACUAAUUAUUUAGUAGUUGUAAGAAAUAUUACUCUCUAUCUAACCAAAGGGAACUGUUUCACAAAUAUAAGAAACCAAAGAUGAUUUCCCAUCGGGGGAAGAAGUAACUUCUUUUUUUUGUUGAGAUGGACUGUAUGAGAAUUAUAAACCACAACCAAUCAAACAUGUACUAAAACGAGAAAUUUUACAAUGCUAUAUAGUAUUGAUGCUAUAGGGUUUUGCCAUUAUGGUACAACUUAAAAUUGUACAUUUACGUUAUGGUACAACUUCAUAUUGUACCUAUACUUUUUGUAUAAAUUCUUUUAUAGUACAACUUGAACUUGUACCUUUAUGUGAUGGUACAACUUCAAGUUGUAAAGUUGUACCAUAACAUAAUGGUACAAAUUGUUUUAUGGUACAAUCUAAACUUAUACAUUUAAUAUUAAGGUACAACUUUAAGUUGUACAUUAAAACACCAAUACUAUAUAGCAUAGUACAAGUGCUCGUACUAAAACACUCAAUAGUUUAGGCAUUUAGAAAUCCAGAUUCAAGCAAAUUAAUUUGCUAUUAAUAAAAGAGAAAAUUUCCAACAAAAUAAAAUGAAAGUAGGAAACUACUCAUUUAUUGGUAAAAUUCAUUUUUAGAACUUAAAAAUAACCCCAAAUAUUUUUAGAGAUAUUGGCUGAAAAUAUUUCCUCUCUUCAUCUUCACCUUCUUCCUUUCUUCCAUCUUCCCCUACUAUAUAACUAAAAUCUCAUCUCCAUCCUAACAGGAAAAUAACAAAAAAAAAAAAAAACUCAUUCCGUCAUUCUUAACAAAAAUAAAAGGUAGAGCCAGUGAGGGGCCCCAGUUUUCAGUGGAAAAAAGCCCCCAAACCAAACUCUGCAAAUAAAACCCUAAUAACUAAUUAAAAAAUAUUAAAAAGAAGAAAAAAACAAAUUUGAUAAAAUCAUUUUUCCCGCAACACUAAGAUGGGCGACGAGGGUGACCAGAAGAAGAAGAUGGCCCAGCGUCUCCUCCAUCCUCCUAGUCGCCAUGGUCGUCGCCGUAGCCAUCGGCGUAAGCAACAACCCCACAGACAGCGGCGGAGGAGGAGGCGACAAAAGCACUUCGACAAGCAACCAAAUCUCCACCACCAACAAAGCCGUGAAAGCCCUCUGCGCCCCGUCCGUCUACAAGGACACGUGCGAGUCUAGCCUCUCCAAAUCCGCAGAGAACGCCACGGACCCGAAGACGCUCGUCCAGGCAGGGUUCGAGAUCGCGGUCGAGUCCCUCAAGGACGCGAUGAAGAACUCGAGCACCCUGAAGGAGGUCGCGCAGGACCCCAGGGCGAAGCGCACCUUGGAGAUCUGCGACGACCUCAUCGAGACCGCCAUCGAGGACCUGAGACGGUCUCUGGACGAGCUCGACAACUUCGACCCCACCAAGGCCUACAUCCACAUCGACAACCUCAAGACUGUUAAAAGAUAAUUUGCAAUUAUGAUUUUUUAUCUACCUACAAUCACAUCAAGGGACAAUUCCAUAUGCCAUAAUAUUGGAACAUGUAGUGUUCUACUACAAGUUUGACAAGAUGAAAAGAGGGCAUAACCACCAAUGAUGGAUCUGAAAUCAUAACUCUCCAUGGACAGCAAGUUGAUAAGAAGUUGAAGACAAUAAUAAUGGAUGGAUUAAUUACAUGGGCCUUGGUUGAUUUAUUGUAGAACAUGUAUAUGUAUAAUGGUGGAAGAGACAAGGGCCAUGUAUAUGGUUGUGCUCCAUUAUUAGUUUGUUAUAUUUCAAUUAUAUAAAUGUAUGUGUGUUGUACGUAUGGGAAGGAAGGAGGAAGAAGUGUCAGAGACACAAAAGAAGAAUUCUCCCAUGCAUGUAUGUAUGUAAAGCAAGAGCCAAAACAAUAAGGCCUUGUUUGUUUU